AUGUGGCGGGUCUCUCGCGUUGUUUUUGUUCUUUUUCAUGCGGUGGUGCUGGUGCUUGCGCUGGCGGGCGUCGCCGACGCGUACGGCUCGUACGGCGACACCGUGCGCCCCAGCCGCGUCGUGGAGCUGACGGAUGAGACAUUCGACCGCGUCGUAAUGGACCCGGCGAAGGAUGUGUUCGUGCUGUACUACGUGCCGUGGUCGCGUCACUGCGCGACAAUGCUGAAGCUCUGGGACGACCUCUCGAUGAGUCAGUCGAGGAAGAGCAACAUGAACAUAUUCGUCGCGGCCAAGAUUAACGGCGAAAAGUACCCCGAUGUGGUGCAGCGGAUGCGUGUGAACGGCUUCCCCACAAUGCGAUUCUACACGCGUUUGGACAAGGACGACCCUCCCGAGUUCGGUAGCGCUCGUUCGUUGACUCUUCUGGACAGCUUUGUGUUUCAGAACUCGUGA